UGUUGUGCUACUCACAAGCUUAGUUGUGAGAAAAGAGCACACUGACUGGAGGGUAACGGAAACACUUUAGACAUUUUCCCCUUAAACUUGGGCUUUCUUGAUCCCAGUACAGCUGGCAUCAAUGGCUUUAUCAUAUACAUACUUCAUAUUUGAUUUGGUCUUUUUUUCUAUUUUCUUUUUCAGUUUUAUUACUACAUGGCUGCUCAGUAUUCUAGUUGGCAAAUUAUUAAUUCAGCUACAGUUCUACAAAGCAAAAUGAUCUUUAUGAAGCCUUCUUUCACGUCAAGUUGAACUUAACGACUUUUUUGCAUUUUAUUUAUUCUGACUGUAUCUUGCACAUUGAGUUUAUAAUUAUCUGUCCUUUAUAUCAUUCAUUUUGUUACUGCAUUUUUUGUUAUCUUGGACUUGCUUUAUGCUUUGCAAUUGUCUACUUGUUUUGAUUUAAUUGUUGUGAAGGUGUCAAUGUGUACUUGAUCUGCUUGUGCUGUUCAUAUGUAUUUUUUCAGUAAAUUUGUAAUUUGUAACUUUACAUGAGUCAGAAUAAGUCUAAUUAUUGUAUAAAAGUUGAAUAAACCUAAUUAGUAAUUACAUAUUUUCUGAUGUUGUAGCCCCCUCUCUCCAAUAACUAAUGUGAUUCCUCUGUCUCUGGUGCUUCUCCUCUCUCUCAUAAAGGAAGCUUUUGAGGACUGGAAGCGUUUUCAAAAUGACAUGUCUGUAAACAAUAAUACAAUACAUGUUUUGCAAGAUCAAAAGUGGGUGUCUAUACCCUGGAAAAAGUUGCAAGUUGGUGAUGUUGUCAAGGUUGAGCAAGAUGGAUUCUUCCCUGCAGAUCUGCUUUUCCUGGCUAGUACGAAUGUAGAUGGUGUCUGCUACAUUGAGACUGCUAAUUUGGAUGGUGAAACCAAUUUGAAGAUUAGGAAAGCAUUGGAGAAGACUUGGGAUUACCUGACUCCAGAGAAGGCAUCUGAAUUUAAAGGUUUAAUUUUUUUUAUUGAUUGA